AUGUCUGGUUGGAUAACUGAUUCCCUUUAGCUGUCAUCCAGCUAAUAUGGGACUGUCAAGUAUUUCGUGAGAGUUUCAUGUUUGAAUUAUCGUAGGUAGUAUUUUCCUUUAUUUCUAAGAGCUUAAUUAUGGUUGCAAUAAACCAAGUUGUGCGCAAAAUUUUAAGUUAUGUUCCUUUUCUUCUUGUUUUGAUUGACCUGCGAUACGAAGGGGUAUGUGGCAAGGAUGGAAGUUUGGAGAACCAUUUGGAGAUGGGGAAGAAACUCCUUGCUGCUGGACAGCUGGCUGAUGCACUCUCUCACUUCCAUGCUGCUAUUGAUGGGGAUCCAAAGAACUACAUGGCCUACUACAGGAGAGCUACAGUCUACCUGGCCAUGGGCAAAUCUAAAUCUGCUCUGCCGGAUCUGAGCAAAGUAAUUGAACUCAAACCAGACUUCACAUCGGCAAGACUUCAGAGAGGCAAUCUACUCCUGAAGCAGGGGAGACUAGAUGAAGCAGAGAGCGACUUUAAGAAAGUGCUCAAGUCGAACCCUAGUGACAAAGAUGAGAAGGAGGCCCAAAGUCAGCUCAUGAAAUCUGAUGAAAUCCAGAGGUGGGUGACUCAGUCACGGGCUAACUUUGACCGCAAGGAUUACAUCACCGCUGCGGCCCACCUGGACUUAAUUAUUGAAACGUGUGUGUGGGACGUGAGCUCCAGAGAGCUGCGGGCAGAGUGCUUCAUCCAGAUGGGAGAGAUGGGCAAGGCCAUCAGUGACCUGACAGCUGCCUCCAAACUGAAGAGUGACAACACCCAGGCCUUCUACAAACUCAGCACCAUCUACUACCACCUGGGAGACCACGAAAUGUCCCUCAAUGAGGUUCGAGAAUGUCUGAAGCUGGACCCAGACCAUAAGCAGUGUUACAGCCACUACAAACAAGUGAAGAAGCUCAACAAACAGAUCCAGUCUGCAGAGGAGUUGAUCCAGCAGCAGAGGUAUGGAGAUGCAGUGAGUAAAUAUGAGUCAGUGAUGAAGACUGAGCCAAAUGUGCCCCAGUACUCACACCAUGCCAAGGAGCGCAUCUGCCACUGUCUGGCACAGGAGCAGCAGGAUGUAAGCAGAGCCAUCACAGUGUGCAGUGAGGUCCUUCAGUCUGACCCUCACAAUGUAAACGUGUUGAAGGACAGAGCAGAGGCCUACCUACUGGACGAACAGUACGAGGAAGCUAUCAAGGACUAUGAGACUGCCCGUGAGCACAGUGAGAAUGACCGGCAGAUCAAGGAAGGGCUUGAGAAAGCACAGCGCCUCCUCAAACAGUCCCAGAAGAGGGACUACUACAAGAUCCUGGGAGUCAAGAGGACUGCCCAGAAGAAGGAGAUCGUAAAGGCCUACAGGAAACAGGCACAGCAGUGGCACCCAGACAACUUCCAGGACCCUGUAGAGAAGAAGAAGGCAGAGAAGAAGUUCAUUGACAUUGCUCAGGCAAAGGAAGUGCUCACUGAUCCAGAGAUGAGACAGAAGUUUGACCAGGGCGAGGACCCCAUGGACCCAGAGAGCCAGCAGGGAGGACACCAUCAUCAGAACUUCCACAGCGGUUUCCAGGGCUUUAACCCCUUCGGCUCCGGACCGUUCAACUUCAAAUUCAACUACCAGUGAGCCCUAAGAGAGGAGCUUAUUCGUGUUCAUCCAGUAUGGCUGUAGCUUAACCUCCCUCGUUCAGGGAGAGCACAAUUACCUUCAUGAUGACAUGUCUGAGACAACUUGAAUAGAUUAAAGAUGUCCUUGCUUUUGAAUGAUACAUUUUUGGAGCUACGUUCACUCUGAUGCAACUCUAUGAAUCUUUUCUAAUCUUUGCAGCAACGCCUAUCUUCAGGGAUCUCACAAUUGAGUUCUGGGUUAAUUCCAAAGCGACCACCUUUGUGGUGUACACUGAAAAUUGGUAUCCAUUCCUAAGACUAAUGUGUACAUAGAUACAGUACUAUUUUUAUAUGAAUGGAGUCAUUCUGAAUUGUAAAUAAAUAUAUAUUUAUGCUUA